GGCAGGGGGAAGAUGCGGGGCCCCAGGUUUCCCCUAGACCCACUCCCGGCAGCGGCGCCUGGAGAUCCCGGUCCUCGCGCCCAUAGGCUGUCUGACUCCAUCGUUAGAGCUCGGGGACCUGCCGCCGUCCUGCCUCCCUCCUCUUCCCAGCUGGGGCUAGGGCUGUGGACCUCCCGGAGUGCGGGAACUGGGGGGAGGUGGUCAGCGCAAGAGGGGGCGUAGAGGGUGAGUCGUACCCCGCCAGUGGACCCACGGGCUCAGCGACCCCCCAUGUAGACAUUAGGAGCCUCCCUUCCCCUUCUCUCCAGAGCCCUCCUCCCACGAGGCUCGUGGGGGCGUCUCGACCCUGCCGGAGGACUCCCCCACGCCGAGAGAGGCAAAGCCCCCAGAGAGCAGGGUGUGGCCCCCACCCUUAGCGCAGGGACUCAGCCCUCCUGCUCUGCCAGCCUCGGGGCUGAGGCCACACUCCUGGCCCCGCACUCUGGGCUGCCAACUCCCCAGGCCUCCCCAGCCUGAGCAAGUCGCUCCCCAGCAGGCCUGCUCACUAGUGCUAGGCCAGGUGCUGAGCACACACUUGGUGGCCUCUGGCCCAUUCCAGUCCCGGGAAAUCCUGGAGGGAGAUCCGGGCAAGCUCAGCCCCAGGCUGCUCCCUGAGAACAAGCCUGUAAACAAGGCUCCCCGGAAGACUCUGGGCAGCUCUGCCUCUCUGAACCUCAGUCUCCUUAUCUGUGAAAUGGGGAUUAAGAGUCCUUCCCUUGCAGCAUUGCCGGGAGGAUGGGGUGAGUGGGUGAUGCGCAGUGUGGCUCCCUGCACACCUUCCUCGAUAUUAGAGGGAAGUGGCUAGGCUAGGUGUCAGAGAAGGGGCAGUGUUUCCCUCGCAAGCUCAGGGUGAGGCAGGCCCCCAACAAUGAAUAACCACGAGACAAACAGCUACUGACAGUCACUGACCAAGCACUUUCAAGCCCGGUGCUUCCCUUGCCACAUCUUCUUGAAUCCUUUCAACAACCCUGUGUGACCCCACAUCCCUGCCCCCUGGGCCACCUGCAGGACGCCGGCCCCUGCCCCUCAGUAGACGCCGGAGAGAGAUGAGUAGCAACAAAGAGCAGCGCUCAGCAGUGUUCGUGGUUCUCUUCGCCCUCAUCACCAUCCUCAUCCUCUACAGCUCCAACAGUGCCAAUGAGGUCUUCCAUUACGGCUCCCUGCGGGGCCGCACCCGCAAGCCCAUCAACGUCAGGAAGUGGAGCAUCACCGACGCGUAUGUCCCGAUUCUCGGCAACAAGACGCUGCCCUCCCGGUGCCACCAGUGUGUGAUCGUCACCAGCUCUAGCCACCUGCUGGGAACCAAGCUGGGCCCCGAGAUUGAGCGAGCCGAGUGCACAAUCCGCAUGAACGACGCGCCCACCACGGGCUACUCAGCCGACGUAGGCAACAAGACCACCUUCCGCGUGGUUGCCCAUUCCAGCGUGUUCCGUGUGCUGCGGAGGCCCCAGGAGUUCGUCAACCGGACCCCCGAAACCGUGUUCAUCUUCUGGGGGCCCCCAAACAAGAUGCAGAAGCCCCAGGGCAGCCUUGUGCGUGUCAUCCAGCGGGCAGGCCUGGUGUUCCCCAACAUGGAGGCCUAUGCCGUCUCUCCCGGCCGCAUGCGCCAGUUUGACGACCUGUUCCGGGGUGAGACGGGCAAGGACAGGGAGAAGUCCCAUUCGUGGUUGAGCACCGGCUGGUUCACCAUGGUCAUAGCGGUGGAGCUGUGUGACCACGUGCACGUCUAUGGCAUGGUCCCCCCGGACUACUGCAGCGGCCCCGCCUCCAGCGCAUGCCCUACCACUACUAUGAGCCCAAGGGGCCGGACGAGUGUGUCACCUACAUCCAGAAUGAGCACAGCCGCAAGGGCAACCACCACCGCUUCAUCACCGAGAAGAGGGUCUUCUCCUCCUGGGCCCAGCUGUACGGGAUCACCUUCUCCCAUCCCUCCUGGACCUAGGCCACCCCGCCUGUGGACCUCCCACGGGGUGGGGGGGAAGGCCGGAGAGACCACUCUCUCCUCCCAGCCACUCAACCAAGGGCCAUCUCGUGGCCAAUCAAAGCUGGCCGGAGUGUCUUCAGGCCAAUCAGGGCCUUGUAUCCUCCAGCCAGUGAGGGCCUGGGGGUGUCUCUUGACCGAUCAGGGAUUUGGAUUUGAGCUAUGUGGUUAAUCAGGGGUGUUGGAGGUCUUUCUUGUCCAGUCAGGGUCUGAGCAGUCAAUCAGGGUAUUUCUGAAGUUAUCUGAGGCUAAGGACAUGUGCUUUCCCAUGAGGCCUUGGUUCAGAGCCCCAGGAUGGACACCGCCUCUCCCCCAUCACUCCCUGUUGGCUGGGACAGUGGGGUCCUGUCCUGCAGAGCUGGGAACUCUGCGCUGCUCCCUCACUUCCCAGAGCCAGAAAGAGAGGUUGCAUAGGAGUGGGAGCUGUGUCUGGAGGCCAGGCCAGGGCAUUUGGGAGCUUGUAGGGGGUAUCUUAGAGGUAGGAGCCAGCAUCUUGGUCUUGGCUCUGCCCUGAGUGGCUUUGGACAAAACUCUUGCCCUCUCUCUGGUCACCCUCCUGCCUGUGUCAGGUUCUGACGUGGAGUCUGAGGCCCCCUUCCCACUUUCCCCACUGACCUCCUUGGGUCUGUUUUCCCUAAGACUGGACCCCUUAGCCACCACCCCUUGCUGGGGGGCUCAGCUCCUUGGGGGUCUGGAGUCCUCUUUCUCACCUCCUCCUGGAAACUUAGGGUAUUUUUGCAUAAACUCCCACAGGGUUUGGGGAGAGUGGGAUCUAAUAGGAAAGGAACAAACCUUCAGCUGUUUCCUUAGUUCCUCCACUCAGCUGCCAUUAGUUUGGCUCUUAAAGAGCCAGGCUCCCUUUUCUGCCAUCCAGCAGUCAGGCUUUCCACCUGUUGGAGUAGCCUUUGGGGUACUCCAAAGAGGGAUAAUCCCAGCCAAACUGGGGUUUCACACAGCCCCUUUUUCUGCAGCUACUGGAGUCAUCCAAGGGUCUCCCCUCAGCUGGGCCUGGGAAGGCUCUAGGGGGCCGAGAGCCCCAUUGCCUGGGUUCUGCCCCCUCACUCUACACCAGGCACUUUAUUGCUGGACCUCAGUGGGGUGGACUUGCCCCUGCUCUUCCAGAGUCCGGAAGGGAACACUGGAGGGCUUCCUGGAGGAGGCUGUGGAACGGGAGGGGUCAGGUGGAGGAGGAAGAGGCCAGCAGCAAGCCUUUGCACAUUGGGGUGGGGGCUGGGAGCCCAUGAGUACCCAGACUCGGUUUUGUAAUGAUUUGUUCAGGAAUAAAUGCACCUAAGCUCUG